UGUGGUGGAAAUGGAGUGUGUAUUGACGGUGUCUGCCAGUGUGUUGGAGGCUGGGAAGGACCCGACUGUUCCAACAGAGGCUGCCCAGGCAACUGUGGUGGAAAUGGAGUGUGUAUUGACGGUGUCUGCCAGUGUGUUGGAGGCUGGGAAGGACCCGACUGUUCCACAAGAGGCUGCCCAGGCAACUGUGGUGGAAAUGGUGUGUGUAUUGACGGUGUCUGCCAGUGUACAGAGGGCUUCACUGGUGACAACUGUGGCACUAAAAAGUGUGCAUAUGACUGUGGCAAGUUUGGAAAAUGCGUAAAUGGUGCCUGUGUUUGCAAUGAGCCAUACUCAGGUCCUGCCUGCAGAAAGAAGAAGUGUUCCGUUGACUGCAGUCCACAUGGUAAAUGCGUUGAUGGAGUAUGCCAGUGUGCAGAGGGAUACACCGGAGUAGACUGCAAAGAAAAAAAAUGCGCAGUUGACUGUCGACCAAAUGGCCGCUGCAUUAAUGGUGUCUGCGUUUGUAAUGCAGGCUUUGUUGGAGACGACUGUUCCAUUGAAAUUGCUAGCCUUUGCAGUGGGAAAGGCAAAUAUGACUUGGCUAGUGGUACAUGUGUCUGUGAUGCUGGCUGGGAAGGACCGGACUGUUCUCAGAAGAUCUGCAUCCCGCCAUGUGGGGAAAAUGGCAAAUGUGUUAAUGGUGUCUGCGUGUGCAAUCCGGGUUGGGUAGGACUUACCUGCCAAGAGGAGGACUGCCUCGUCAACUGUGGUGAAAAUGGACGCUGCGAUGGUGGCCAGUGCUUCUGCGAGGAGGGAUUUUUUGGAGAAUCUUGUUCAGACGUGUUGGCUGUGCAGAAUUUGCGUCUUGUGAGCACCACAGAGGAUUCUCUUAACAUUGCCUGGGACCAGCUGGUGGAAGUGGAUUUCUACUACAUCACUUAUUAUCCGUUUGACGAUGAAAGUCAGAAAAGGCAAAUUAAAGUUGCUGCUAACCAGGACUAUUACCAGAUCGGAGGUCUGAACCCCAGCACGUUAUACAAGAUACUUAUGUAUCAGGUGAAGAACAGUGUGACCAGCGAGCCUGCUGAAAUUCAAGGCAGAACAGGUGAUGCCCAGCUAGGAACCCUGUGGGUGACAGAAGAGAAAGAGGACUCUUUGGAAGUGGAGUGGGAGAAUCCAGAUGUUAGAGCAGACUACUUCAAACUAACGUAUGCUGCCCAGCCUGGUGGAGCCAAGACAGAGGUGCAAGUAGCUCAGAGCAAUGAUCCCAAGACCAGCUAUAUCAUUAAAGGGUUACGACCAAGCACAACCUAUGACAUCAGUGUCCGGGCAGUGAGAGGAGCCAGGGAAGGAAAGGGCUCCACAGUUGUUGUUGGUGUGACAGGAAUUGAUGGUCCCAAAAACCUGAAGGCAACAGAUGUGGGAGAGGACACUGCUACCCUAUCCUGGGAGGCUGCACGUGGUCAGAUAGACAAAUAUAUAUUGACAUAUUCAGGACUUGAUGGUCACAGUGAGGAGGUGACUGUGGGCAAGGACAAGACCACCACUACAUUGACUGGCCUUACUCCAGGCAUGGAAUACAUCUUCCACAUAUGGGCGGAGAAGGGCAGCAAGAAGAGCAAAAGGGCAUCUGUAACAGCUGUAACAGAUAUUGAUGCACCUACGAAUCUUCAAGCCUCUGAAAUUACACAGACAGAAGCCACCCUGACAUGGACUCCCCCUGUUGCGCAAAUUGAUGGCUACAUACUGAUCUAUGUGGAUAGUGAUGGCAAGCGUCAGGAGGUUGAACUGGAUGCAGCAGCUAAGAGCUAUGAAAUGAAGGGCCUGAAGAAAGGAAAUGACUACAAGAUCUACCUGGAGGCCUACAAAGGAGACAAAAAGAGCAGACAGGCCACCACCUCAUUCUUUACUGUGUCUAUGGCCAUUACCUUCCCUGUGGACUGUGUCCAAGUUCGAAUGUCGGGCAACAGAAAGAGCGGAGUGUAUACUAUCUACCCUGGAGGAGAGAACUCAAAGGGCAUUAGAGUGUACUGCGAUCAGGAUACAGAUGGCGGUGGAUGGACUGUUAUACAGAGAAGAACUAGUGGAACACUUGACUUCUAUCAGCGCUGGAGGACAUAUGUGGAAGGCUUUGGAGACCCAAGUGAUGAGUUCUGGCUUGGUCUGGAAUGGAUGCAUAAACUUACUUCCACCCCUGUGCAGUAUGAACUGCGUGUGGAUCUCCGUACUGCAAAUGAAUCAGCUUAUGCCGUUUAUCGCAACUUCCGUGUGGGGACAUCUAAGGACAGAUACAAGCUAACCAUCGGGGACUACUCAGGCACAGCUGGUGAUGCCCUUGGAUACCACAAUGGAUGGAAGUUCACAACCUGGGACAAGGAUAAUGAUAUAGCUCUCACUAACUGUGCCCUUUCACAUCGUGGAGCCUUCUGGUACAAGAACUGCCACCUUGCCAAUCCCAAUGGGCAGUACGGAGACAACAAUCACAGCAUGGGUGUCAACUGGGAACCUUGGAAGGGUCAUGAGUUCUCCAUUCCAUUCAUUGAGAUGAAGAUGAGACCUAAUACCUUAUCUGCAAGAGUAGUAUGA